AUGGCCAGCAAGGCAGCGCACAAGCGCCUUACGCGCGAAUACAAGACAAUUGCCCAGAAUCCGCCCCCCUAUAUUACCGCCCAUCCCUCGGACUCCAACAUCCUCGAGUGGCAUUACAUCAUCACGGGCCCCGAAGACACUCCGUACCAUGGCGGCCAGUACUGGGGCACCCUCAUCUUUCCCGCCAAUUACCCCUUUGCUCCCCCGGCCAUACGUAUGCACACGCCAUCAGGCCGCUUCCAGCCAUCGACUAGACUGUGCCUCUCGAUCUCGGACUUUCAUCCAAAAAGCUUCAACCCGGCAUGGGAGGUUAGCACCAUCUUGAUAGGCCUUCUGUCCUUCAUGACGAGCGAGGAAAUGACCACUGGCUCCAUUUCCGGCACAGAGAGAGAGAGAAAAUACUUGGCAAGGCGGUCCCGUUGGUGGAACUCGACUGGUGGGGGCUCGCAGCACAAGGCAGCCCAGAAAGGUAACAUCAAGGCCGGGGAUGGCGGUGCCAAAUUUCGGGCAGAGUGGCCCGACGUCGACAAGGAAAACAAGACAUGGAUGGCCGAGAACAAGAUCGAUCCUGCUACCGGGGAGCCGCUUGGGGGCGCGAGCUGCGGUCCACAGCUAGGAAUUGCUCAGAGCAGUGGCCAGACCCAGGCUGUGGUGGAUGCUGUGGUUCAGCAACGUGACGCGCCCGGUCGUGGCUGGAUGUCAAGCAGAUGGUGGUUCGCAAUCGGCGUUCUCUUAAUAUACACUGCCAUCGCCCGUUGGCUAGGCUGGGAGGCGGAACGACCACGGCAGGGACUGUAA